UGAGAAUGCUCUAUCGACAAUCAUUGUUAUUCAAUUGUAAACACUUAACACAAAGUUUGAAAGUAUGUACUUAUAAUGAAUUUAUGAAAUAGUUUAUAGUUCGAGUUUACUACAAUAUUUGAAACAAAAAAUGGGAGAUGGAAGAAUCAAUAAUACUACCAAUUCGCGAUUAAAAAGAAGCAACUACGAAGAAGACAGAGCUUUUAAAGAUGAACCUCCAGUUAAAACUCAGCGUAUGUUUUCACCUUUAUAUGAAGACCAAGGGACUGGUAUAAUACCAUCCUAUGAAAAUGCAGAUGUUAGUGAAGACAAUUACAAAAACAUCCCUGCAAUAUCUACCUUAAAGAAAUUACAAGUGUUAGAAUGCAGAGACAAAUUUUUGCGAGCAUCUGCUACCCAACCAACAAUAGAUGUUAAUGUGGAUGAAAUUAAGCCAAUGAAAGGCACAUGUUUAGAUAUGUGUCCAGAAAAAGAACGUCUACUACGUAUUGUUGGCAACAUGGUUUCACAUUUUGAAUGUAGAUCAAUAGAUUCAAAGUUAGAACCCGCUUUUGAAAUAAUGGUAAAAGCCUAUGCCAGAAGUUCGGCUGAUCAAGCUAAUCCUCUGUCGCAUGAAUUGAGACCAACGCCAGUGUUAGUGAAAACAAUGAACUACAUGCUUAAGAAUAUUAUACAGCCAAUAGAAUCUAAUACUGAACAGGAUUUGGCUAGUUGGUAUGACUUUUGUUGGGAUCGUUUACGUGCUAUACGCAAGGACAUUGUUCAACAAAACUUACAGAAUCCGGAAGUCAUAACUAUAUUAGAACAAAUUGGUCGGUUUCAUAUUGCAUGUUACGAUCUGAUGCUUGGUUACCCAGGUUUCGAUAUUAAGCUAAAUACAGAAAAUUUAAACAAUUGCAUUCAAAUGUUAAUGCCAAUGUAUAGAGAUGCCGAUCAUAAAUGCUCAAAUGAGCCAGAAUUUGUUUCCUAUGAAUUACUUAUGCAUUUAGGAAAUCCACAAUUUCAUACAGCAUAUGAUCUUUUACCUACACAUUUAAAGCAAACUCCACAAGUAAGAUUUUGUAACCAAGCACAUAUUACUUAUUUACAAUCUGGUGACUGUUUGGAAUUCUUUCGUUUAUUAAAAACCACAACAUUUAUGAAUUGUUGUAUACUAGAGAGAAUUAUACCUAGUGUUAGAUACAAUACAAUAAAAAUGAUGAAUUUGUCGUAUACUACUUUUAAAAGAACAUAUAAAUUAGAAAUAGAACACGUUGUCUCCAAGUUAUGUUUUGACGAUAUUGCAUCAGCAAAAGAAUUUUGUUCUGAAGUACAGUUAAAAUGUGACGGCUUUUUCGUAGAACUGUCACGUAAAAAAGAUUUAUGUGCUCCGGAAUAUAGAAAUAAAAAACAAGAAUCUAUUAUUAUUCAAAAGAGACAAAAUCUAACAUACUUAAUAUCUGGAAUGGAGCAACUGCCUAGUGUAAUUAUUGAUUCUAUACACUCAAGUUUUGAUGAUGAUGACUGUUUGAUUACGUACAAUGAAGAGGAUGAACAUAUUGACGUAGAUGACUCAGAUUCUGUAAUGGAAACAAAUUCGGUAUCAUCAUUUUCAAAAGACUUUUCUAUAAUAACUGAUCAAAGCCAAUUUCAAACAUUUAAAAUCCAAGAGGCUGAAACACCAACUUUUACUUUUAAAUUGCCUAAGCCUUCAGUAUCUCCUACUAUCCAAAAAUUGCCUGUUCAUUCAGAGGUUCCCUGGAAGCAACCUAGUAGACCAAGAACACUCUCAAAGCAAUACGAAGAUGAAUCAUCUAUUCACGGUAACUUAUCAGUGAAUAACGCUGAAACUAUAGAGAACAGUUCUAACCUUUUAGUAACGAUUCCAGAUGCAUUAACAAUAUCACCAACAUUAAAUUCACAAUGUUUACAGCCUAUUCAAUCACCAUUUAGAAGUUUUCAUUCAGAAAAAUUACUUUUUAAAAAAUUAACUGAAAGACAGAUAUAUUUAGCUAAAAAGUAUUUUAACAGAUGGCAAAAUUUUGUGGCACACAAAAAGGCAGAAAGUAUUGCUGAAGUGUUUUCUCAUAAUGAGUUGUUCCAUUAUACGGAAUGCAUUUCCUCUUUAUCUUCAUCACCAUCUUCAUUAUCCUCCUCGGUUUGUUAUACUAAUGAAAGUAUUUUACUUGAAGAACCUAAGGAGUGGACUGACAAACAAGUUAUUUUGGCUAAAAAGUAUUUUUAUUUAUGGUUGCGUAGAACUUUACGUAGAAGAAGAACAUUUGAAAUUGAUCCGGUUAACAGUUUACCAUGGUCAGUAUUUAUGCAAGUGCACGGUACACCAAAUGCAACACUUCAAAGCAUAACAUCCAAAUCUAAAAAAUUAAAUGAUGGUCAAAAAGGUUCCUAUUUAUUGAAUGAACAAUUUCUGCUGCAACAAUCCAAAUUAUUAAAUGAUAAUAUUAGUAUCAACAUUGCCGAUAUGUUUAUUAAAAAUAUAUUAAAUUCAGUUAAAAAUAGGUUGAUUGGAAAUAAAGUAUUUUGGAAGGUAGCAGUGAACUAUGGCACAUCGUCUAUGUUUAAUUGUUUGGAAGACAAAGUAAAAACUAUUAUUUAUGGGAAAAUAGGAUUUGGCCACUCCCAGGUGCAAGCCAUCUUCACUGAUUACUUCAAAUGGUUUAUUAAGUCAGUACAUAGCAGUGUUGGGUUACAAGACUGGACAAAAUGCGGAUUGAAUGCAGCUAUUGUUUUCACAGCUACAGAUAAAGAAGAUAUGGAAACACUUUUCAAACGUGUUGACUCAAUAUUACAAUCAACGCCUACAGCUAUACCUUUUGUUAUGAUAUUGUCUUCGAGCUCCAAUAAAAAAGAAAUAUUAAAUUAUAAAGCAAUUUUAGAUACUUAUAAGGAAAAUGACUAUAUAACCAACUAUUCAAUAUAUAUUUGGGAAGGUCCAAUGACAAUUUUAAAAGCAAUAGAAUUCUUUUCGAUUAAUUUUGUUGACACAGUACCAGGAAUGACUUCAGAAAAACUAUAUUACAGUUUAAUUAAUUUUGCCGAAUCUUUCUUUUUAAAAGUAAGACAUUUGAUUCCAGAAAGUAAUCCAAAUACUAUAAUUGAAAAAUAUAAUCAGAGUUUAAACGCCUACAUCAAACGUUUGGGAAAAAAUAAUGAUGUACUAAAAUAUUUGGCUCCCGAAUUUGUACCGCACUAUACGCAAGAACCUGAAAAAUUUUUAACAGCAAAUUCCAAUUUAAAUCUUGAGUAUUUUGAAAAUAUUUUAAAUUCAGCUCAUCUUCCACUAUACGAAUCAUGGCCACCACAAUGUGUUGAUGAUUUAGUAGAAUAUGUCAAGAAGAUGUGCCAUUUGACUAAUCGUAGGUGUUGGUAUUUAGACAUACUACAAAUGCUCCAGUUAGACCGAAAAAUCAAGCAUGAGAACUGUUUUUCAAAUGCUAGUUGGUACCAAGUAAUCGAAAUGUGGAUUCAAGGAGCAUUAGAAAAAUGUUCUUCUACACAUAAUCAUUUUUCAAUAUUGUACAAUAACAAUCCAAUCAAGGAUGUACUGAGUAUAAUUUUUCCUGAUAUAAAAAAUAUGUAUUGUGUUAAAUAGCUACUAACCUAGUCGCAUUAUAUGUUUAGUUUUUAUAAGAACAAUAAUAUUUAGUAAAAUAAUAUAAUUUAAACAUUUUGUAACAGCAAGAAUUAUAACACUUGAUUUUAUACAUUAUUUU